GACGAUGCUGUCAGAAGAACUCAAGGUAGCUUCUUCCCUUUUCUUCUAUAUAAACCCCAUGGGUUCCGCCUUCUCUCUUCCUUUUCUUCUUCAGAACUCUACACUUCCAUCGUCAACUCCAGCAUACUCAACAACUUAUACUAUAUCCACUCUACCAGGAAGUAAAUCGACUACAACAUUAUGUGCAGCCCGCCAUUAAUCACGUGGACCUCUCAAAACGGCGGCGCCUGGCUCCGACAUCACCAACUCCCAAGCAAUUAUCACCCACGCAGAAGGGCCGGCCAUCCGCACGCCCAAGAUGCAGGCUACGAGCAGCCUUUAGCGCCUCGACCGGUAUACCAACCUGGCGCAGCCCCAGGAGGGCCACAACAUGGAUUACACCAGCCGCAUGGCAACGGGUACCCUAAUGGCAGGGCCGCGUACCCGCCAAAUAUGCCGCACAACCCUAUGCCUGGCUAUAACGGUGCAGGACCUGCACAGGCUGCCCGCGGUGCUGCGCAGUUUCCUAUGGCGGGCCUGGGAGCAGAUCCGAUGGCGGGCCCGGGAGCAAAUUAUAUGCCAGGCGCGGGAGCGGGUCAUAUGCCAGGCCCAGGAGCUGGUUAUAUGCCGGGCCAAGGAGGACAUCCUAUGGCAGGACCGGGAGCCAAUCCCAUGAUGGGCGCGGGAGCGAAUCCUAUGAUGGGCCCAGGAGCGCAUUACAUGGGAGGCCAGGGCCCAGGCCUAGACCCAGACCUUGUCCCAUUCCCACAAAUGGGAGGGUAUGACGAUAUUGACGAUGAUGACCUGGACUUUGAUCCUCGGAACAUGGUGAUUCCGGAAUGGAUAGCCGGGGGAGUUCUUUUACAAGCCGGUAAUGGAGGUUACGACUUUAUUCCUCCGGGCAGGCGUGUUGAAGGGGCUCCGGAAGGGGUGCCUGGGGGAGUUUGGGUGCAAGCUCCUGACGGAGGUUUCGACUUUGUUCCGGCUCUGCCUUUUGGCAGGAGCUUUGGCAGAGGUAUGCAUGGAUAA